GACGACAAAGGACCCCACCCCUGUUGUGUGUGUAGCAUGGAUAACGGCUCUCACUCGCGUUCAUCUAGAAAGAAUAAUCUCAAAAGCGACUGUAGAGACGUACUGGUUCAGGUAUUGGCCGGUCCAGAAGGUCGCAUAGUUCCUUUCUUCACCCCCAAAACAAGAAAAAGACAUUCUCUUUUCGGUUGCCUGCACUUCACUGCACCCAUGAAUGAUGAUGAUAAUAACUUCACUUAUAUUUUUCUUCACACUUUAGUGCUUGUCACUACUUCGCUUCAUUAUACUGUCUUUAUAUUCCUACAGUCACUGCUGCAACCUGUCUCACAUCCACCCUCCACUGUUCUAUCACAUUCUCACAUUUAAAGUCCUAAUCUUAUAAUUUAUCCGUUUCUCCCUUCCCAUUCCACGUUUCAUCAACCAGUUUUUCUAUCCCAACCGGUUGCCUUCAUGAAAUGGAGCCUAACACUACCCAGGAAAAAUUAGAACAGCUCAACGAAGAAGAAGUGGAUGCAGACGAGGAGGAAGCAUUAUCAUUUUGUGAUCUUCCGAUCAAUAUGAUCGGAGACGAUGACAAAUCAAGUAAAUUGCUAGAUUCUCCGAUAACUGAAGCACAAGAAGAAUUUGAUUUCAGCACAUGGGGUGGUCUUUCUUCAAAAGAAUCAGAAAUGUGUGCUGCAGAUGAGAUUUUCUUUGAAGGCCAAAUUCUCCCCUUGCGUCGCUCAUUAUCAACCACCUGUUUCCAGCGCCAUGGCCAGCAAUUUAACUGGUGUGAAUCUGAGCCCUUGAACCACGUUUCGCUGAGUGCGUUUCAGAGCAAUAGCAGUAGAAGCAGCAGUCUUAAAAGUGAUCAGAACUCAUCUGGUAGCAGCUGCUCCACAACUACUAUUUCAACCCGAAGAAUUCCAGAACCCAGAGCUCAAGAUCAGUUUCACACGCACCCAAUUCCCACGCCCAAAAUAAGUGUAACCGUUCCGAGACAAACAAGCUUUGGCAAUCACGGUAGAAAAGUUUUAGCAUUGGGGUUUUUCCAUCUCAGUGUGGUGCCUGCAUCUGAAAUAGGAAUGAAAAUUCAAAAACUCAUGGCUCGCAGUACUGAUUCUGCAUCUGCUAAUAAAAAGUGCGCAAAUCGAAAUAGCAGGAGUAGCAGCAGCAACACUAACAAAAGUGUCAAAAUGAGUUGCAGCCCUGAUCACAGCAGUGAGAGGAAACAUUUUUUCAAACAUUUUGGGGGUAAAAGCAGUGGUUUGUGGAGGGGUUGCAAGUAUUCCGUUGAAACUGCGCAAUCAGACAUGGUCAUAAUCAAGGGUGAGACUAAAAGCACCAACAACAUCGAAAGUACUAAAGCGCGCACCAUGGAAGAAAAAGUGCUAGAAUUGAAGAGGCAGAGCCACAAGCAAAAGCAGGAAAAGAAGAACAUGUCACAUCGUCGAACGUCUGAAUGGAUAAAGGAGCUUUCGGAAGAAAGCUACCCAGAUUAGGAGACUUUGUUAUUUAAUUAACGCUUGAAUGGUACAUUUCCACUCCUGAGAAACAUGUGUAAUGUGAUAGAAAGAGAUGAGAGAUGGAAAAAGUGAGUAAAAAUGGGAUGGAAUCGAAAGUGUGUAAAUAUUUCUUUUUUUUUGCUCCUUGUCCUUGUAAUUUAUUUUGGAUUGCAGAUUAGAUAAUUGUCUGCAUAGCUA